GCGAAUCACGCGAUGAUUUGUUUGAUAUCCGUUUCCCCAAUAAUAAUUAGGCGUGCCAAUGGAUCUUGUUGGAACUAGACUUGGUGAGAAAUACAUUCUUCAAGUUCUUUUCAAGUAUUCUUCAGUUUCAUCAACCUUAGUGUUGUCAUCAUCGUUGACAGAGGCAUCGUCAUUACUGUCAUCCUCAGAAAAACUGGAAGCUCCUACAUCUUUUCAAGUGUAUGUAAAAGAUAAAUGCUUUGUGAUAGAAGACAUUGAUUUAGAUAUCUACUUCACCAAAGAUUUAUAUUCUGAUAUCAUCUCUAAAGCUAAGGAAAAAAAUAUAGAGCUGCCUAGGUUUGUUGGUUUGAAAUAUCAUCCACCCUCCAAAGAAGUUCAGGGAGAACAUUUAGUUAAUGAUUCAGACUGGAUUAAAAUGGUUGAGGAAUGGGGGAGUGUGUCUUCCAGUUACAUUCCUAUAUGUGUUGUUGAACUGCUGCCCAGUGCAUUGCAAAUGAUGGCAGCGGCUGUUGAUUCUAGUUUCCAGAAUGGUCAUGAGUCGACUAUAACUUCAAUUGAGCAAUGGGCUGACAACUUGCUUGUAACUCCUGGUUCUCCAAAAGUAAUGCCUCCCAAUGAAACUGAUGGUGCUGAGGAAGAGGACUGCAGUGAAGAUGAUGAUGAAGGAAGCCAGUUUGAUGGUGAUGAGGAAGAGUGCUCAAGUAGUGUGGAUGUGUCUCUGGAUGAAGAGUCACAGACAGAUGAGGAAUUGGAUGUUGAUGCUGAUACUAAUAAUAGAAUGAAGUUGGGUCAUGUGGAAGAGGAUGAAGAUGGGAGUGGAAGUCAGUUGAUUGUGGAUAAAAUGGCAAUGGUUUUCAAUACUGGCAGAGCCAGUAUUGAGCAAAAUUUUCAUGACUUGUACUUGAAGUUCCUAAACAAGGUGAAUUCAAAGGCCUUGUUCAAAGAAGUUGUCCAAGCAACCUAUGAGAAUUGCAAGGUUCUUUUAGGAUCAGAUCUUAUAAAGUCAAGUUCGGAGGAACGUUCAUUGCUGAAAAAUCUUGGAAGUUGGCAAGGGAAGAUAACAAUUGGCAGGAAUCAAGUUUUACGUGCCAAAGAGAUUGAUCUCAAGUCUUUGAUCAUAGAUGCUUAUGUAAAAGGGCUAAUGAUUGCAGUUAUUCCUUUCACCUCAAAGAUAUUGGAAGCAUGUCAAAGCAGCCUAGCAUACCAACCCCCUAAUCCUUGGACCAUGGGUAUACUUGGAUUACUUACUGAGAUUUACACAAUGACAAACUUAAAAAUGAACCUCAAGUUUGAUAUAGAGGUGCUGUUCAAAAACCUUGGUGUGGACUUGAAAAAUGUAGUGCCAACCUCCCUACUUAAAGAUAGGGUCAGAGAAGUGGAAGGAAAUCCCGAUUUCUCAAUUAAAGAUGUGGGCCACUCUUCUCAACGCCAGGUUGUUACAGAUGCCAAACCAGGAAUUAUAAAUACUCUUAAUCAGGUUGAAUUACCGACGGAGGUUAAUUCAUCUCAUCCCAGUGGUCAUUCACGCAUAAUAACCCAGGGUCUUUUGCAAGGGCAGACACCAUUUUCUGUUAGCCAGCUUUCUGCUCCCUCGUCUAAUAUUGAGCCGCAGUACAUCAUCAACCCAUAACUUCGUGCAUUGGGUAUACACUUGCCUUUUCAAAGUGUACUUCCUAUCUCUAUGGAUAGAGCUAUAAAGGAGAUAGUUACUAGCAUUGUGCACCGCAGUGUUUCUAUAGCUACCCAAACAACAAAGGAACUUGUUUUGAAGGGGUAAUCCAUGCAAGACAUUAUGAUACAAAAGCAGGAGGCGAUAACAUGUUCAGAUUCUCCCUUCAAGCAAAGCAAGGCAUUCUUGAAAAGCACAAUCAGUGGUCAUCAGAAUUUUAUCACUUCCUGCAUUAAGGAUUGGCGACAAUAGCAAACAACGGAAACAUAAGUUGAUUCAUCAGGUGCGUUACAUUGUUCUUUAUUGUCAGCUUCUCCCUCGUCAAUCUCUUACUUCAAGGUAUACAUGUUUUAGCUCCAUUUUGCACAAUAUCCAGAUCAUGCCGUUGAUUAUUGCUCCAAUUUGCUCAUUAAAAUAUGAUACCCAUGCUUAUUCUUCUUGGUGAUUUUGUUCUUUUGUUUUUGGUGUUUAGGUUUUGUGGACCCUCUUUUUAGUAAACACCACUACUUUUCAGUUUUUGGAAUAGCAAUUUGGUAAAUCUAGCAUUGAUUUUGUGAACCACUUAAAGUAUUUAUCAAUAUAUCAGAAUGACAUUUGUUUUUAUUUAGGGGGAAAAUACAAUUAGCUUUGUAGUCCUUUAAACUUGUUUAUAUUUAUCAACUAACAAAUUUAAAUGACUGGAACAUCUCCAAGGGAAGUGCUAAAUGCUAUUUUAUAAAAAUUUUGGAACAUAAAAGCCCAAAAAACUUCUCCGAUGCGGAGCCAAAAAAUAGUCUAUUUCAGCUUCCCCACGACCUAUAAUUGAAGGAUACUGUACAUCUUUUAUUUUUCUUCUUCAUGGUCUUCCACAUUUGCCCCUUCUUUCCUGUCUUCAUUCUCAGCUUCCCCACCCUCUUUUAUUUUUCUUUUUACGCCAUCUGUUCCAUUGAUAAAGCUUUGAGGAGAUUAAAUCUUUAACGAAGAGACUAGGGUUGAUGAUUGACUUCAUCGAUUUCGUUGUCUGCUCAUUCGAACAAGGAUUCUGAUCAUGGAUUGAAAAAGAUAGAACCGGAAGGCGAGCAGAUAAACCCCUGAUAUUUGGAGGAAAUGGUAUUUAAAUAUAUAUUUCUGUAACUUUUCUUCAUUUUGUAAUAUCUUUCAAUAUACUCCCUUCGUCCCCCCUACAUUUGUCCACAUUUGACUUUUGGAACUGUUCAUCUAAGCACUUUGACUCAUCAAAUUCUCUCAAUGUGUAAGCCUAAAUAUAGUCAUGUGUGAUCU